GUUUGACGUGUAACCUGCCAUUUUACUUCCACGGUGGAGAUAUUUCGCCGGCGUGCAAAUAUCGCUUUAUUUUGAUGUGAAAAACAUAUGGAAAUAUGUUAACAAAGUUUGAAACGAAGUCUGCAAGGGUGAAAGGUUUAUCCUUUCACCCUAAACGGCCCUGGGUACUGGCUAGCUUGUUCAAUGGAGUCAUCCAGUUGUGGGAUUAUCGAAUGUGUACACUCAUAGACAAGUUUGAUGAACAUGAUGGACCUGUGAGAGGGAUAUGCUUCCACCAGCAGCAGCCCCUGUUUGUGUCCGGUGGUGAUGACUAUAAGAUUAAGGUGUGGAACUAUAAACAGAGGAGAUGUCUGUUUACACUGCUCGGCCACCAGGACUAUAUCCGGACCACAUACUUCCAUCACGAAUACCCUUGGAUUCUGAGUUCGUCUGACGACCAGACCAUCAGGAUAUGGAACUGGCAGUCUCGCAGCUGUGUCUGCAUACUUGCAGGUCACAGUCACUUUGUGAUGUGUGCAAUGUUUCAUGUGUCAGAAGACCUGAUUGUGUCCGCAUCCCUCGACCAGACUGUCCGUGUGUGGGACAUCUCCGGACUGAGGAAAAAGAAUGUGGCCCCAGGUCCUGGCGGUAUACAUGAGCGUUCUAGAAGUCCAGGACAGACCGACCUGUUUGGUGUGUCUGAUGCAGUUGUCAAACACGUGCUGGAAGGACAUGACCGUGGUGUUAACUGGGCAGCCUUCCACUCCACACUGCCCCUCAUUGUGUCCGCAGCUGAUGACCGACAGGUCAAACUCUGGAGGAUGAAUGAGUCCAAAGCUUGGGAAGUAGACACAUGUCGUGGCCAUUACAACAAUGUAUCGAGCUGUCUGUUUCAUCCCCGCCAGGAACUUAUCCUGAGUAACUCUGAGGAUAAGAGUAUCCGUGUCUGGGACAUGAGUAAGAGGACUGGGGUACAGACAUUCCGACGGGAACACGACCGUUUCUGGAUUAUGGCUGCCCAUCCAAACCUCAACAUCUUCGCUGCUGGCCAUGACAGUGGCAUGCUUAUCUUCAAACUAGAACGUGAACGUCCAGCAUAUGCUGUUCACAACAACAUCCUGUACUACGUCAAGGAGCGGUAUCUGCGACGCCUAGACUUCACCACCAACAAGGACAACCCAGUAAUGCAGCUCCGUGGUGCUGGCAGGGGUACCAAUGGUACCAGGUGUCCUGUGUACAGUAUGUCGUAUAACCCAGCCGAGAACAGCGUCCUCCUCUGUACGAGGACCAGUAACCUUGACAACUCGACCUAUGACCUCUAUGGUAUCCCCAAGGACAGUGACUCCUCCAGUCCAGAUGCCCCAGAAGGAAAACGGUCUUCUGGUCUGACCGCUGUAUGGGUGGCAAGAAACAGAUUCGCUGUGUUGGACAGGACACACAAUAUUGUAAUUAAAAAUCUGAAGAAUGAAAUCACCAAAAAGCUACAGGCCCCCAACUGUGACGACAUCUUCUACGCUGGGACAGGGUGUCUCCUUUUGAAGGACUCUGAUGGUGUCACACUUUUUGAUGUACAACAAAAAAGAGCACUUGCCACCGUGAAGAUUUCCAAAGUAAAGUAUGUGGUUUGGUCCGCCGACAUGUCACAUGUGGCCCUCCUCAGCAAACACAUAAUCUCCAUCUGUAACAGGAAGCUGGAAAACCUGUGUACCAUCCACGAGAACAUCCGUGUGAAGAGUGGAGCGUGGGACGAGAGUGGUGUGUUUGUGUACACCACCAGUAACCACAUCAAAUACGCACUCACUAACGGUGACCAUGGUAUUAUCCGUACCCUUGACCUGCCAAUCUACAUAACACGUGUCAAGGGCAACAGUGUGUACUGUCUAAACAGAGAGUGUGUCCCCGGACGCCUUGUCAUCGACCCCACAGAAUUCAAGUUCAAACUCGCCCUCAUCAAUCGAAAAUACGAAGAGGUAUUACACAUGGUGAGGAAUGCUAAACUGGUUGGCCAGUCAAUCAUCUCCUACCUACAGAAGAAAGGCUACCCAGAAGUAGCCCUCCACUUUGUCAAGGAUGAGAAGACACGCUUCGGUCUGGCAUUGGAGUGUGGUAAUAUCGAAAUUGCAUUGGAGGCAGCACGCUCCCUGGACGACCAGGCAUGCUGGGAGAGACUUGGUGAGGCGGCCCUACUCCAGGGAAACCAUCAGGUAGUGGAGAUGGCCUACCAGAGGACAAAGAACUUUGACAAACUCUCCUUCCUUUAUCUCAUCACAGGGAACCUGGAGAAACUCAGGAAAAUGAUGAAAAUUGCCGAGAUCAGGAAGGACACAAGUGGACAUUUCCAGAAUGCACUAUUCCUUGGGGAUGUCUCUGAGCGAGUUAGGAUUCUGAAGAACUGUGGACAGAAAUCACUGGCCUACCUGACUGCUGCGACUCAUGGUAUAGAGGAUGAGGCUGAACAGUUACAGGCUAGCUUUGGGGAGAAGGAUCGCACUCCUGACCUGUAUCCUACUGCCAAACUUCUUCAUCCUCCUGUACCCAUCAUGCAACAGGAGAGCAACUGGCCCCUCCUCACUGUUACCAAGGGCUUCUUUGAAGGAGCCAUGGCUGCUGGCAGUGGAAAAGCCAAGGGUCUGGCCAAGGCAGCAGUAGACAUAGAAGAUGGUGUUGAAGAUGGCUGGGGAGCAGACGUGGACAACAUUGACCUUGGGGACGACGGGUUUGGAGGUGAGGGUAUUGAUGAGGAGGACAUGGAGGCAGGAGAAGAGGGUGGUGGCUGGGAUGUGGAUGAUGUUGAUCUGCCCACUGACCUCGACAUUGGUUCCAUCCCAUCAGCUGGAGAGGACGGCUACUUUGUACCACCCACCAAAGGACAGAGUCAGUCACAGGUGUGGUGUAAUAACUCCCAACUACCUGUGGACCAUGUUCUGGCUGGAUCCUUCGAGACAGCAAUGCGGUUGCUCCAUGACCAGAUAGGGGUGGUGAGUUUUGAAGACUAUAAACAGCUGUUUCUACACACCUACAGCAGGGCGAGGACGUGUUUCCAGGGGGUGCCCUCACUCCCUCCAAUGUUUGGCUACCCACAUCGUAACUGGAAGGAGUCGGGUGCGAGGAAUGGUAUGCCUGCCGUUGGACAGAAGCUGAACACACUUGUGCAACAGUUACAGGUAGCCUACCAACUAACUACAUCUGGCAAGUUCCCCGAGGCCAUCAUCAAGUUCAGAAGCAUUCUCCUCAGUGUUCCACUCCUCGUGGUUGACAACAAACAGGAGAUAGCAGAGGCUCAACAGCUGAUAGAGAUAUGUCGUGAGUACAUAGUGGGACUGGCAAUGGAACAGAGGCGCAAGGAGCUCCCCAAGGCCACUUUGGACGACCAGAAACGCUUAUGUGAGAUGGCGGCCUACUUCACUCACUGUAACCUACAGCCAGUCCACAUGAUCCUUACACUCCGUACGGCACAAAAUCUAUUCUUCAAAUUAAAGAAUUUUAAAACAGCUGCAUCGUUUGCAAGACGACUACUGGAAUGUGGUCCUAAACCAGAAAUAGCUACACAGACAAGAAAGAUGUUGGCUGCAUGUGAAAAGACUCCAACAGAUACGCACGAGCUGAAGUAUGAUCAACACAAUCCGUUUGAUAUUUGUUCCGCAACAUUCACACCCAUAUACAGAGGUAAACCUGUGGUGAAGUGUCCUCUUAGUGGAGCCUGUUAUCACCCAGACCACAAGGGCGAGGUGUGUCGAGUAACAAAGGUGACAGAAAUUGGAAAGGACUGUAUAGGAUUAAGAAUUAGCCCAAUUCAGUUCCGGUAAGGGAUUUUGUGAGCCAAAAAGACAGAAAAAUGGACAAAGAGUUUUAUAAUACCAGUGUACAGAAGCAAAGGCUGCGAAAUAGCGACAGAACAACGGACAAGAAUUUUAUUAUACCGUUGUAAAAAGCAGCCAAUGGCUAUGAAUUAUCACAAAAUACAACUUGGAUACAAGGUUUAUUUUCGCAGUAGUGUUGGAAGUCGACUUUGCUUGUUUUCUGGCGAGAGGAUGUGGGUGAUCAACAUAAACAACUAUAGACCUGGAAUAGAUCACCGUUGUAACAAGGAACGUGUACAGGAGGGUGAGAACGGAUGUACGACCGAUGGUGAUAGGAGUGACAUUAAGUUAUUGUGUAGAUGACUGUGAUACAGGAAGUUAGGUGGUGACACAUGGAUAAUCUACGAGGCUGGGGUAAACACAUUCAAGUGUUGUUGAACAUUUUAUUAAUAGAAUGGGACGUUUUCUCUGGUGUUAUAACGAUUGAAACGAAAACUGCCGAGAACUUUACAUGUAAUAAUGUAUGUGUUUAUCUCUCUUGCCUGAAUAGUUUCAUUAAGUGCUUGAAGAAUCAAAUACAAAAUGUUUUGAAUUUUAAAGAAAUUUUAAACAGAAAGCUCCAGCAUUUGUUUAGAAUGUUGCCACCGGUUACAAAGAGACACAGCCAUUGUAUACCAUUGUAUACCAUUGUGUACUAUUGUAUACCAUUGUAUACCCAAUCAUGUGACACAGAACAGUGGAAUUGCAUGAAUGUUAAUAAAUUUUGAACAUCUUA